CUUGUUGCUAGAGUGAAAGGUGUGCUUGCUGAGAUGCAGUGAAAUAGAAGCACACCUGCAGCAAGCUAUGAAUCUAUUAUUGAAAAGAAGAAGGACCUAUGAACACAAUAAGGAAGACUUGGUAAAAAUGGAAUCAUGCCAUGCUUUUCAAGUGAAUAAGGAAUACAGCCCCCAAGGAAGAUGUGUGCAACAUAACCAAAUACAGGAGCUUUUAAUGUGCAAGAGUUGUUUCCCGUGCACUCGAUGAACCAGCUUCAGAAAGUAUCCAAAAAAAUUUUCUGAUGCCUUCUGCCUUCAAGAAUCUCAAGCUGCGCUGGCGAUAGCCUAAGAAGACUGCAUGCUGUUCUCUCUAGAUGCCAAGCCAGGCACACCCAGAGCCUCGGAAUUCAAUCCUUCAUGGAGACCACGUACCAGCAGGAAUGGCAGGGGAAGAAAUUGGCACCCAGAUGGUUCCUCGGCGUGAAGUUCUCUCAGGACAUGGGCCGACGCGAGAACACCUGGUAACCAGGCUCGCCCUCUGUCAGUCAUCCAGUGCAGGGCAGCAUGGGGCACAUUCGGAGGAGGAAGCUGCUGGCAUCUUGCCUGUGCGUCACAGCCACCGUGUUUCUGCUUGUCACACUCCAGGUAGUGGUUGAGCUGGGGAAAUUUGAAAGGAGGCAGUUUAAAAGUUCCAGUGGGCAAAAUGGACACGCGAAAGUAGAAGAAGAGCCCAAACAUCUCUAUCCACUUCUCAAGAAAGAAGCACUGACUCUGAAUGGGGAAAAGACAGCUGGAACUGACAGCCACCCUGUUAUGCUCUGGUGGUCCCCACUGACGGGGGAAACCGGAAGGCUAGGUCAGUGUGGGGCAGACGCUUGUUUCUUCACCAUCAAUCGGACCUACCUGCAUCAUCCCAUGACGAAAGCCUUCCUCUUCUAUGGUACUGACUUUAACAUAGACAGCUUACCCCUGCCUCGGAGAGCCCAUCAUGACUGGGGCCUUUUUCAUGAGGAGUCUCCAAAAAACAACUACAAGCUCUUUCACCAGCCGGUCAUCACCUUGUUCAACUACACGGCCACGUUCAGCAGGCACUCUCAUUUACCACUGACCACCCAGUACCUGGAGGGCGUGGAGGCCCUGAAGUCACUCCGGUACCUGCUUCCUUUGCAGUCCAAAAACAGUCUUCGACGAAGACUCGCUCCCCUGGUGUAUGUGCAGUCGGACUGUGACCCGCCGUCAGACAGGGACAGUUACGUCCGGGAGCUGAUGACCUACAUUGAGGUCGAUUCCUACGGUGAGUGUUUACGAAAUAAAGAUCUUCCCCAGCCUCUGAAAAAUCCAGCCUCCAUGGAUACGGACAGCUUUUACAGGAUCAUCGCCCAGUACAAAUUUAUCCUUGCCUUUGAGAAUGCAGUUUGCGAUGACUACAUCACGGAGAAACUCUGGCGACCCCUGAAGCUGGGGGUAGUCCCGGUGUAUUAUGGCUCCCCCACCGUCACAGACUGGCUUCCAAGUAGCCGAAGUGCUAUUCUCGUGUCAGAGUUUGCUCACCCCAGAGAUCUGGCGAGUUACCUCAGACGACUGGAUUACGAUGACACUCUGUAUAAGGCGCACAUAGACUGGAAGCUGCACGGCGAGAUCUCGAACCAGCGACUUCUCACAGCUCUGAGAGAACGGCCGUGGGGAGUACAAGACAUCAACCAGGACAAUUACAUCGAUGCCUUUGAGUGUAUGGUGUGCAACAGAGUGUGGGCUAAUCUUAGGCUUCAGGAAAAGGGCUUACCACCCAAAAAGUGGGAGGCAGAAGUUACCCAUCUGAGCUGCCCCGAGCCUACAGCGUUUGCUUUCUCCCCUCUGGCUCCACGGGGGAACACUUUGCGAGAGAUGUGGAUCCCAAGCUUCCAGCAAUCCAAGAGAGAAGCCCAGGCACUCAGAUGGCUGGUUGAUAGGAAUCAAAACUUUUCGGUUCGAGAGUUUUGGGCCCUUGUAUUCAAGGACUGACUUCAAAAAGUAUCAGCAUACCAUAGGCUAAAGCCUUCUUGACAUUUAUUUUCUAGGUUGCCUUAAUCUUAGAGUGCAAUAAUUAUUCUAUGGACUGUCCUUUAGGGCAAGAAUUGAAUUGCUGCACUACUCAUAAUGAGCCCUGUUAGGUAAUAGAUGUGAAUAAUCCUUAGGGGUCACCUUUAGAUAUAUUUUUUUACUACAAAAGUAAAUGUUUCUUAUGGACAGCGGUCACCUUCAAUGUUCAUAUCUGGAUCCUUGUACCUGCUGCCUUUAGUGAAAGUUCACCGAAUGGAGCGUGCUUUCCUUGAUGCACUGGAGCCAGAGACUGUGCUGUGGAUUCAUGAGUCUCACCUCUCCAUCAGCAGUUUAUUGGUACUUGGCAAGACCCAUGAACUGAUGCUGAGCAUGAACGUGAAAUGCAUUAGAACUUGGCAAAGAGAGAUUCCAUCUGCUGAUUGACAGGGAUGUUAAGUGAGUAACCAAAGCUGUGUAAAGUUUAUCCAUGAUCUGUUCUUCCAGGCAAAAGAACACAGGCACACCUCCACCUGUUUUCUCAGCCAUCACUGUCGCCUUUUGUUAGUUUUAUGAUUCCCCGUGACUGCCCCUGCCUCCUUCCCAUCCCCACCCCCCAAAAAACCCAGCAGAAUAUCUUGUGACAACAAGAAUCCUCUUUGUGUCCUGACCAGUGAGAUGACCCAAUUUUUCCUUACACUGUUGAGUAGGGAAGAUAAAGAAAUACGAUUUAGGCUAGACUGCCUGUACAUGUUGAUCAAUGUGAAAAUGGUAUUGAAUGCUUCCAGGAACUCCCAUUGUGUUGCAGCGAAUUUGCCUUUUCUUAGGGUGAUACACAGCUCGCAGUGGGAGGCAGCCAGGGCUGUUCAGUCUGUGAGCAUUCCCAGUCCAUGUCUGAUCCUGUCCCAGAGAAAGCUCAGCUGUCAUGUCUGGAGUAUCUACUGUGAUCUCCGUGGAAGACAAGGAGAAACUACAUUGGUUCACAUUUUCUUUCCAUAUGAGGGUGAGAAGGCUUUGAGAUGUUAUUAAAGCCAGUGGCAAUCCAGAGAUGGCAUGAGUUCAAUAUUAUUCCUAUUUUCUUUUUUGUUGUAGAAAAGUAUAUAUAACAUAAAAUCCAACACCUUGGUCCUUUUCAGUGCAUAGUCCAGUGCACUUGUUUAAUUACACUUACAAUGUUGAACAACCAUCACUACGAUUUCAAAAAAAAAUUUAAUUCUGAAAACAGAAUGGCUUUUUUAUUCUUUAUUGUGGAAAGGCAUCGAGUCUACCCAGAGGACAUGAAGAGGCUGAUGUGGCCUAACGGGGGAGACUUGGGAGCACAUCCGUGACAUCAGUUGGCUUGUUAUCCCAGCCUGUGGCCUCUACGUGCCUGACAACAAACCAUCUCGUCCUUCCCUUGCUGCCCAGUGUGUGAUGGAUGAGAUCUGAGAACAGAACAUUUCUUUAGAAAUGAGAAUCACCCAAUGAGUGCAUGUCCAUGAGAUCUGGUGUCCCUGAUGAGAGAUUCUCUCAAAUCUCUGUUCUGCCACUUACUAAAUAGGACCUUGGAGAAACUGCUUAACCUCUCUGGGUCUCAGUUUUUCUCAGUUUUUUGUUUUUGUUUUUACACCUUAAAAUAAAUAAUUAACCUGGUC